AUGAUGAACCCAGAAGGCUGCUUAUGUACACAUCUGUCCCCGUCAUCACAGGGCUCUGUGACCUUUGAGGACGUGGCUGUGUACUUUUCCCAGGAGGAAUGGAGGCUUCUUGAUGAGGCCCAGAGACUCCUGUACCGUGAUGUGAUCCUGGAGACCUUUGCACUUGUUGCGUCAUUGGGGUGUUGGCAUAGAGCAGAGGAUGAGGAGACACCUUCUGAGCAGAAAGUUUCUGUAGAAGUGCCACAAAUAAAUACUUCAAAGACAGACCUGUCCACACUGAAGUCCUAUCCCUGGCAGAGGUUCUGCCUGUACUUAGAAGGUGGUUUGCAUCUAGCUGAGGACCUUGGCACAAACCAUGGUCAGAAACUGUGUGGGGCAGGUGUGAACUUUCACCAGCACAGUGGAGAGGAACACUUUAGAAGACAUGUGGGUAAGACCUUUAUGAAGAGCCACACAGUCCAUGCAUACAAGAAGUCUUUCACAUGCCAGGAGCCUGGGAAGGAUUUCCCUGGUACCUCUGGCCUUCUCCAGCACCAGGUCACUCUACAAAAGGACACCAAGUGUGUAGAGCCCUCUCACAAUGGACAAAGGCAGUAUAAAUGCCACGAAUGUGGGAAACCCUUCUGCCAGAAGUCCAGGCUUGCUCAGCAACAGAGAGUCCACACUGGAGAGAGACCUGAUGAAUGUGAUGAAUGUGAGAAAGCCUUUGGCUGUAAACACAUACUUGUUCAGCACCGGAGUGUCCACACUAGAGAAAAGCCUUAUGGGUGCAGCGAAUGUGGGAAAGCUUUUAGCGACAAACACACACUUGUUCGGCACCAGCGAAUUCACACUGGAGAAAGGCCUUACAAAUGCAGUGAAUGUGGGAAAGCCUUCUGCCGCAAAUACAGACUUGCUCAGCACCAGAGAGUCCACACUGGAGAGAGGCCUUAUGAGUGCUGCGAAUGUGGGAAAACCUUCACCCAUAAACCCAUACUAUUUAAGCACCAGAGAAUCCACACUGGAGAAAGGCCUUAUAAGUGUAGUGAAUGUGGUAAAUUCUUUAGCCAAAGCUCUCAACUUAUUGUGCACCAGAGAAUUCACACUGGAGCCAAGCCUUAUGAGUGCAGUGAAUGUGGGAAAACCUUCACCACUAAAAGCAAACUUGUUCAGCACCAGAGAGUCCACACAGGAGAAAGGCCUUAUGAAUGUGGAGAAUGCAAGAGAGCCUUCAGCUGUAAACGGAUGCUUGUUCAGCACCAGAGAAUCCACACUGGAGAGAGGCCUUAUGAGUGCAGUGAAUGUGGGAAAGUCUUUAGGUACAUUUCCAGCCUCAUUAAACAUAGAAGAAUUCACACUGGGGAAAGGCCUUAUGAGUGUAGUGAAUGUGGAAAGUUCUUUAGGCAAAGCUCCCACCUUAAAGUCCACCAGAGAAUUCACACUAUAGCAAACACUUAUGAGUGCAGUGAAUGUGGGAAACAUUUUAGCCAAAACUCUAUUCUCACUACGCACCAGAGAGUUCACACUGGAGCAAAGGCUUAUAAGUGCAGUGAAUGUGGGAAACGUUUUAGCCAAAGCUCUACUCUUAUUAAGCACCAGAGUUCACAUUGGAGAAAAACCACGAGUGCACUAAAUGUGGCGAUUUCUUCAGCCAAAACUCCCAGCUUACUCAACACCAAAAACUUCAUGCUACAGAAAGGCAUUGCCAGUACAGCAAAUGUGGAAAAUUUUUCUGUCAAAGUCUGCUCUGACUGA